AUGAAGUGCGGUGUGUAUAUUAUUUCAGUAGUGUUGCUUGCGAACUGUGUCAUUAUUAAUCACUCUUCGGAAGGAAAAUGGGACAAAUUAACAUCUACUUUACUCAAGACCUACAAGAAAUGUCAAAGUGAGUUCGGCUUAAAAGACAGUCUUUUACGCGAUAUGUACUAUUUUUCGGAAGAGAAAUACGAUCUCAUACAUCGUGACACGGGCUGUGCUUUAGUGUGCAUAAGCAGGAAGCUCGAACUGCUGGAUGAAAAUGGAGAUGUUAACCAAGAGAAUGCACAAGAAUUUGCGAUUAGCCAUGGAGCUGAGGAAGAAGUUGCAACAGACCUGGUUGCCGAUGCAAGUGAUUGUGUGACUCAACACAAAGGCGUGAAAGACGAGUGUCUCCGUGCGCUGGAAACAGCGAAGUGCUUCCGAACAAAAACAAAGACCUCAACUGGACAUCCCCGUUGA